AUGGGUGUGCCUGUGUCUAGUAGCAUAGAACUCUUUGAGCGCCUGUCUACGCAAUACAGUGGAGCUUGUAUCCUACUCAAGCCUACAGAGAGAGCGCGAGAAAAGAUCGUGUCCGAAGGAUAUAAAUCAUGUACACAGCUCAUUAAUACGGCGCUGAAAGGAAAUAACGGGGUUAAUAUUAGCGUCAAACUUGAAUUUGAGGAAGAACAAGAUGUGCACGAAGAUAAAGAUUUUGAUACUUUACUGCUCAAUGCUGUAACAGAUAACGCGCCGGAGUUCGAUACAGAUGAAAUACACUUCGUAGGGUACACUCCGUGGUUCUCGGAGUGGGCUGUGACCCUUGCAAAGAUCGUGCGUUGUUCGCGGCAUAAAACCCUGGGCAUCCCCUCGGAUGCAAAUGGUAUAACGGUGUUAUGUACACCAGAUGACAACGUAGAUGAAGUCGCCAAACUGUUGGGUGAAAUCGAAUCGACAAAAUUCCGUUCAAUGGUCGUCAUGGGAAAAGAUGAAUCAGGGGAGUUGAUCGAAUGGUUUAAAACUGUCUACAAAGAAGGACUAAUUUUGCAUACAGUGAACAUCGAUAGAGGAAUAUCGGAACACAGUGGAACAACAAAAGAGCUUGCCACAGUUCUUAGGAAGUUGGUAGACGAUUGCGUUGCCCAUAAAAAGGCUGCUUGUGCCGCAAAAGGUAAAGAGGAUGUCCCACAGGUAUCUUCGAAAACGGCGAAAGCGAAACUUUCAAAUGCAGAUACAACAGUGAUUAAGUCAAUUUUAGUAGCAAUGAACGAUGAAUUGGACGCAGGUGCACAUUUAGGUUAUAUAGAUGAUGUAUGCCGUGGGAUGGAACAUGAAAUUCAAGGUGUCGCGUUUGUAUACAGCGCUUUAUCGCAUAUAAAGGCCGUCAAUGAGGUUUCUAACUCCCAAACAGAAAAGGAAAAUGGCAGCAAGGUGGAUCCCAUACUAGCUACCGAAAAGGCUAUUGCCGAUUUGGAAAGAGCCAUCAAUAUCUUCAUGAAAUUUGAAGCGAAAAAGGAUGCCUUAUUCGCAUCGGUUCUAAUGGCAACAAUAGGAGGUGAAGCAGAGACUAGGAAGUUGGGGAUCAUCAGUGCUACCAUGGAACUCAAAAGCAAGGCGGAUUUCGUUAGGGCGGCGCUGUCACUGGAACUAUGCACUUUCGCCACAGAUAAGUCUCGAAAGAAGAGCUUCAAUCUGGUAAUGGCCGGACACCUAUAUAUACAGGCGGGAUUAAUAAAUCUCACGAAAAGGUGCUACAUGCUAGCCGUUCCCGUAUACAAGGAUAGAGGUUGGAACAUGGCUUCCGAUUUCCUGUACGGUACACUUGGUAGAUACGACCCUUUGUAUUGUAUAGACGCUCUAAAUGGUCUAGCAGAUCAAUUCGAGAUCUUGAAUUGUCAUAAGUACAUGAAGAACUAUGAUGAUAAUUUCCUAAAAUCACCCUGGUAUAUAGGUGACCGAGAAAUGAUACACCUCAGAAGAUUCAUGAAGAUGUCGGUUCUAGAUUGUGAAUCACAACGUAUCAAAAAGGAAAAUGCAACGGCAACAAUAUGUGCUGCGUAUGGACCUUACCCGGCUAUAGUAUAUGGUAAAAUGGACACCCCGCCACUCAACGGUGAUGUACCCUAUCUGGUACGUGUGCCGUUUGUAUUUUUACGUAACAAGGAAGGGGUACCUGGGAAUAAUUGUGAACUUCUAUGGACCGAUCAAAUGUGCGCUUUGGGACAAGGAAAUGACAAGCUGUUCAACAACUCAGUAGAUAGUUUUGAACUCCAAGAAGCAGCUUUCAGUAGGAGAGUCAAACAUUUGGCUGAAAUGGAUGCGGCGUGGAGACCAUGUUACGAUUUUAUCAGUGAUUACGGAAAUAUAUCAUAUAGGGUAGACCCGGAGUCAGGUUACACUCUACCGAAACAAGCCACAAAACCAGCUACCAACUGCCCAUUGGGUAAAUCUACAGUGAUCAAACUGGACCUCGUAAAUCCACUGCAUAUCGGAAUCCACUGUGAUGAGUUUCACGUACUCAUAAAGGAUGAUAAAGAAAGCUGGUGGCAAAAGUCAACUGUUAUCGUCAUAGGAAAUGAAAAAAAUGACAAUUUCGUAUAUCUAUCAGAAGGGGAACGACGAAUUGUGUAUCUGAAAUUUACUGUUAUGAAACCAGGACUAUUCCAUAUUUGCGGAUUGGCGUGGAAAUUGUUUGGAUGUGUUUCGUGCUGGGUACCACUGUACCUUUGUGGCCCAAGAAAAACGAAAGGUGCGCCACUAUAUCAAAACAAAAACCAAUCGCUUGACUUUUAUGCCGACUCCCGUGAAGUCAACAGUGGGUUGUCGCUAUCUAUUCGAGACACGCACCCGGAGAUUGAAAUUGCUUUGUCCAAAGUAACAAAGCUUCCAUUCAGUGCAAUUCCGUUGGAUAAAAAUAGCGAACUCUUCCAGAAGGUGCAACGUUACAUAGGGAUUUCCGAGUCAGAGGAUAUGUACAAUUUCGACGAAGGAGGAAACCUUUCUAUGGAUGAGGCCAUAGAUGGGGAAUUUGUAAUCACCAAGUUAUUAAUCAAGAACACAGGGACGGAACCGAUAGAAAAGCUAAUACUGAAUGUAAAAACAAGCGGGGAAUGUCAUCUAGCCAAUUGUCCAAUCGCAUAUAUCUCUACGGCAAACAAUGUUAGCGUAUUUUGGGAAGACGCAGCCAAAUGUAACCUGGGUUCAGUUACUGGGAACAAAUCACACGAAGUAACUCUUCGCAACGAUGCAGGUACAUUGAUAUUACCAAACGAUGUUAUGUCAAUUUUCAUGUUGAUGGUGCCACGCGCAACUGAUGGAGCUAAUGUGCUUUGUAUACAAGGGAAAUUACAAACAUCAGCAAAGUGUUACAACUCCGAUGGGAACGUUGCCUUUUGGAGAUUCUAUACAAUCGGUGAUGGAUUGGAUCUAUCGUACGAUUAUGACCACUCUGUACGUGACAUGGUGAAAUGUAGCGUAGUCAACAAAUCUAAGAAUGACAUAAAAUCGUUAUGUUUUUACGACAAUUCUGGCUCAUUGAUAAAGAAACAUAUCAAUAACCAGCUAGCUUCGCGAAAUACAACAACGGAAGUGAGAAAAACAUCUUCUUUUUUGUCAGUUUUGCCGUUUAAUCCAAACCAAUCAACGUUGACUUUACGGUGGGAACGCGGAAACGCUGUGGGUUUGGUAACUUCAAACGUUCAUGUCGACUCCAAAGCGCGUGUAUUGGUGAGGAUAACUUCUGAUGUCUCUAACAUCAGGUAUGAUGGAGCGCCAAUACUCAUUCAUCUACAUGUGAUCCUUGAAAAUCCCACAGAAGAAACAAUACCCUCAUUAAGGGUGGAAGCUAUUCGAAAUAAAUUGGCAGAUGACAUACAUACUUGGUUUUAUGUCGGGGUAUUGACGGUAGAUGUCCCGCACAUACUACCUAAAUCCACCGUAAGAAUCGGAUUCGAUGUUCUUAUACCUCUGCCAGGUAAAUACUUCUUUACCUAUGACAACAUCAACAUUACACAUACCCAUCCGGUAUCGAUAACCCCUUGUGAGCAACUCAUGGUUGCCGUAGAGUAA